AUGAAAACUCCGACUUGGUCCUUUUUGCCCUUACCAGAUCCAGCUCUUCGUGAACCCAUAACCUUCUCUGGGGUCGCACCGUUGCUCGCAUGCUACUAUGUUCUUGCUUUGCUUGUACAGCUUCCACGGACGUUGAUAUUCAGACUAUCCUUGCUUCCGUUUGCGAUUUGGUCCGGAUGGCAUGCUGCGACGAGGUAUGAUUUGGCGCUGAGGAUAGCAAUGCUGCUGGGCUGGGAAGACCACUGGCAGAUCCAGGGGUUGAACUUUGCACUCGUGAGCGGGAUAAUGCAGCUUUGUUUGCGAUCAAUCGAAUGGGCAUUCGCCACAAAACCCUACCGACGACUGCACUCCAAGGAAGCCUCCUCCGAACCUACCGACGACGCACCACUAAACCCUCUCCAACUACUCAAAGACACCAUCGCACUCACCAACAAUCAUCGCGGCAUCGGCUGGUCAUGGGCACGCAAUCCCUUCCCCGAAGUUCCCCCUCGCUCCUUGACACGGCUCACGCUCACCCUCCUCCUCAAAGCCUCCCUCUGCGACAUCGCGUACUUUUCCGCCGUCUAUCUCUGUCCGGGAAUCAAUAGCCCAGACGGAGAUACCAUAUUCGACACCUCUCUCCCUCCUCUCACUCGUUACGCACGCGCAGUCCUCAUCACGUUACUGGUCGGAGUCCUUUCCUACACCGCCGUAGACACCGGAUACCUUGCCGCCGCCGUCCCGUCGUGUCUUUUCCUCGGACAAUCGACAUCCCAAUGGCCACCCCCCUCGAAUCGUCCCUGGUUAUCGACCAGUAUCUCCGAAUUCUGGGGAAAGAGAUAUCAUCGGUUCUUCCGUCAGAUCUUCGUCGCCGUCGGCUCUAGGCCUCUUUCCGCGAUUUUUGGCAAGCCGGGCGCGGUGAUCGGUGCUUUCGCGGUUUCUGCGCUCGUGCACGAUUGGGGGCUGUAUGGACUGGGGAAGGGGACGGAGUUUAGUACGGUCGGGAUGUUCUUCAUUAUGAUGGGCGUGGGGAUCGUGUUGGAGGGGAUUUGGGAGGGGUUGGGGAUGGGGAAGGUAAGAGGUUGGAAGGGUUGGGUUUGGACUAUGGUGUGGACGCUUGGGUGGGGGAUGAGGAUGGUGGACGCGUGGGCGAGGAAGGGGUUGUUGGUGAUUAAUCUUUUCCCGGAGGAGUCGAGGAUCGGCUAUAUUGUUGUGAGUGGAGUGGUGCGACUCGUUGAGUGGAUCGCUCGCCAUUUGUGA